AUGGUAGCUCUUCGUAUAUGUCAGUUGAGAGCACAAGGAUUAGAGAACCUAAGUUACGAAGAGAGAACUGAAUUAUGGAAUUUGGAAAAUGAGCAAUAUGCAGAGUUGCAUCGGAGAUAUUUUGAAAGAGCACCAGUACAAACUGAAGGAUGUUUAGGAUGGACAAAUAUUUGGCAUCGACUGCAAGAAGAUGAUGCUGCUUCUCUUCAGUUACUGCGAAUAUCGUUGUCAUGUUUCACAACAUUGCACAAUAAAGUUCAAAGAGAUGUUGGUUUGAGAUUUGGCCGAAAUCAAGAGACUGUACAGAGAAAAUUUAUUGAAGUUCUUACAGUGACUGAAAACCUG